AUGCAAGAUUUGGAAACUCUGCGAAAUGGAGGCUAUCGCGGUCAAGGUCUCCAGAAACUCAAACUCUCAGAACCCUUGAACGGAUUCCCCUGCGAGAUCCUUGACCUGGCCGAUACCCUCGAGCAUCUUGAUCUCUCAGGCACCGGGCUCUCGACCCUGCCCGAGGACUUUGGCCGAUUGCAGAAGCUCAAGAUCGUCUUUUUCUCAGAUUGCCAUUUCACCGUCUUCCCCGCGCAGCUCGCCGCAUGUCCCGAGCUCGAAAUGGUGGCGUUCCGAUCCAACGGUAUGAUCACCAUACCGGAAGGUGCCUUGCCGUCCAAGCUCCGCUGGCUCAUUCUCACCAACAACCGCAUCGAGGCACUGCCCAAAGACAUCGGUCGCUGCUCGCGUCUCCAGAAGUGCAUGCUCGCUGGCAAUAGCCUCACCGCUAUUCCCAAGGAAAUGUCGGCGUGCCGUAAGCUCGGAUUGCUUCGUCUGUCCGCCAACAACUUGGCCGACUUGCCGCCCUGGCUCUUUGAGAUGCCCGAGCUCGCCUUUCUAUCCGUUGCUGGCAACCCAUGCUGUGCAGUGAGCCUUGACGAAGAGCUCGCCCUACUUCGCAAGGUGGGGUGGCACGACCUUGAGAUUGGGGGCUUGCUCGGCCACGGAGCUUCCGGCGACAUCUUCAAGGCGAGGUGGAUAGUGGCAGAUUCGGUGGUAGAAGAGGUCGCCGUGAAGCUGUUCAAGGGAGAGGUGACGAGCGACGGAACGCCUCUCGACGAGAUGGCCGCAUGCCUGGCCGCGGGCUCCCAUGACAACCUCAUAAGCACUCUGGCGAGCAUUCAGGGACACCCGGAGAAGCACGGUCUCAUCAUGCAGCUCAUUCCCUCCCAUUACCAGACUCUAGGCCUUCCACCUUCACUGCAGACCUGUACUCGAGACCGAUACGAGACCGAGAAGCCGCUGUCUCUCGAGGCCGUCUUGGAAAUCUUGAGCGGGGUCGCCGCGGCUGCUAGUCACCUCCACAGCCGGAAGGUCUCCCACUGCGAUCUGUACGCUCACAACAUCCUCUUCGACGAUACCGGGCAUGCUCUGCUCGGCGACUUUGGCGCGGCGACAAUCUACCAGCACCUCGACGGGCUUGACUUUGAGAAGUUGGAGGUGCUCGCAUUCGGCCAUCUUGUGGAGGACAUGCUUCGGACGACCAAUGUCACAGAGGAGGAUGGUAAGGGGCAGAGGUCGCUUCAAGAGCUGCGGAGGCUGCACACUCGCUGCUCAACCCCAAUUGUGCGCGAGAGACCGACCUUUGCGGAAGCGGUAGAAGAGCUGCAGGCCCAUCACCGUGAGUGA